GAGUAUGACCAGGCGUUGCAAAGGGUCUUGGCUUUGGCAGAAGGCAGAUCAAACAGCAUCCAUACGGAAGCGGCGGUCGCGAGUCCCGAGGCGCUCGAAGCUGCUAUCCAGACGCUGCCGAACGAGCUGCCAGAGCUCGGCUUUGGAUUGAAGACAGCGACGGACGUGUUGCUCCACACUGUCGUUCCUGCCCUCAAUCCAGGUCAUAAUGGCGGCAGAUACUUUGGCUUCGUUACGGGCGGCACACUGCCCUCUGCGACUGUCGCAGACUUGGUUGUGCCCCUGUUCGAUCAGAAUGUACAGGUACAUCUGCCUAAUGAAAGCAUUUCCACCGUGGUCGAAGCGCACGCAGUGGCCCUCUCUCAAGACCUCAUUGGCUUGUCAAGAGAACGUUGGGAGGGUACCCUGACUACCGGAGCUACUAGCAGCAACGUUAUUUCACUUUGCUGCGCACGAGAGGCGGUGAUCCGACGUAUCAUGUCUCGUAGCAAAGCGGGCAAUGCAUCCGGCCCGACUGUGACUCAAGAGUGGUCUCUCGCCGAACACGGCAUCGGUCCAGAUACUCCUGCAGUCAACAUCUUUACAGCCUUGCCGCACAACAGCAUCGCCAAGGCUGCUGCUAUCACCGGCAUCGGUCGCCAACGAAUCGCGCAAAAGGAAGCAGCCUGCCUCGAGGUCGAUUUGGAGAGACUUGAGGAUGCUCUGCGGAAAGCACAGCGCGCAGAGCAGGGCGCGGUCGUUGUCAUCGGCAUGGGCGAGGUCAACACGGGAGCUCUAUGUGGCCAAUUGCGUGAGAUUCGAAUUCUUUGUGACGAGUAUCACGCUUGGCUUCACGUCGAUGCAGCUUUUGCCGCAUUUGCGUGCCUCGUGCCAGGAUUCGAGUGGGUCUCGAGUGAUCUGGACUUGGCUGACAGCAUCACGAGCGACGCUCACAAGCAGCUCAAUGUACCUUACGACUGCGGUUUGUUCUAUAUCCGACGCAAGACAGCCGCUGGAGCAGUCUCAGAUUCGCGCACGCUGAGCGGAGCGGAACGGCGUCGGCAAUACGCCAUGUCACAGCCCUCGCCGCUCUUUCGCAACAUCGAGAAUUCAAGAAGGUUCAGAGCUUUGCCGCUGUACACCGCCCUCUUGUCGCAGGGCCGCAGCGGCUACGUUGCCCUAGUGAAGCGCAACGUCAAGUUCGCCAAGCGCCUUCGCCGAUGGCUCAGGUUUCACCAAGCAUUCGAGGUGCUCACUCCUGCGCCCGAUGAUAAGUUGGCACCAGAAGAUGCUAGCCGAGCUAGUCGUGUGCCCUGGGCGCUCGACGAGUGGGGCUACAACAUUGUCCUCUUUCGCGCUUCCCAAGCUUGUCCGAAUGCGAGACUUGCGGGAGCAGAAGGUGCAGGAAGGCUGGUAGAGGCAAUCAAGAAAACUGGUCAAAUGUACGUCAGCGGCACCUCGUGGAACGGCAAAGGCGCGGUGAGAAUUGCUGUCAGCUCAUGGCUGACAGGGCUCGAUAAAGAU